GCUGCUGGGACAGCCUGAGCAGCCUUUGCAUAGCAGCCACCUCCACCAUGAAGAUCAUUGGGGGCCUCCUCCUGCUGUGCACGGUGACCUACUUCUGCAGCAGCUCAGAAGCUGCUAGUCUGUCUUUAAGAACUGUGGACUGCAGCAUUUACAAGAAGUACCCAGUGGUGGCUAUCCCUUGCCCCAUCACAUACCUGCCUGUUUGUGGUUCUGACUACAUCACCUAUGGGAAUGAAUGCCACUUGUGCAUUGAGAACUUGAAAAGUUAUGGGAAGGUUCGGUUUCUUCACGAAGGAAGAUGUUAACUUCUCCAUAGACGUGGGUGGGGAGCAAUGAUACCCUGUGCCAUCCUCAUCGUCCCUGGGCUCCGAUGACCUACUUCCUCACCAUGGCAGAGGUUCUGGGCGAUGGGCGGGGAGGGUGCGGGCAGGGGCAGAUGUGGAGUCAUCUUUGUUGAGUGGAGAAAGUUGUUGUGCUUUCCUUCAAACUCAUGCCCAACUGACUUACUGGCUUCUUUUUGUACCUCAUUAAAAGAAUCUCCCCAGAGAGUUUAUCUUUACUUCUGUCUGUAUUUGUGUCUUAGAUCGGGGUAUAAUAUCUCAGUUUUCAAAGAAAACUGAGGAACAUAUAUAUUUGAUUGUUCAGUUU